AUGCUAGACAUCGAAAUAUAUACUACCAUAUCUCUCUCACUCAGUAACCUCAAUCCUACUGAAAUCCUCCCGUCUCUCUAUCUCUCUCUCUCUGGAAGUCUGGACCAGCCAUGGAUUACAACACCAGGAAAAGUCUCUGCACCUUCAUGGAUGAAGAAAGAAAGGCCAAGCAAUCCCCUCCCCGUCUCUCCUUUAAAUCCUUUGAGGAUUUUCUUGUUUAAUUGGUCGAGUGGACAGCAACAUAGAGAUUGCGUUUCUUGCAUGGGAUAUUAUCAUGCAGAAGGACUUUUGUAUACUGGAUCAUGGGAUAAAACAGUGAAGGCAUGGAGGGUUUCCGACGGUAAAUGUGUGGAUUCAUUUCUCGCUCAUGAAGAUAGUGUAAACGCAAUUGUUAUCAAUCAAGAAGAUGGAUGUGUAUUCACUUGUUCAUCAGAUGGUUCUGUGAAGAUAUGGAGGAGGGUUUAUGACCAAAGCUCUCAUACUCUCACCAUGACAUUGAAAUUCCAACCAUCCCCUGUCAAUGCUCUAGCCUUGAGCACCUCACAUAGCUCUUGCUUCCUGUAUUCAGGAUCAUCAGAUGGAUUUAUCAACUUCUGGGAGAAGGAGAAAAUGUCUAGUCGAUUUAAUCAUGGAGGGUUUCUUCAAGGACAUAGGUUUGCUGUUCUUUCUUUGGUUGCUAUUGAGAAACUAAUAUUCAGUGGAUCAGAGGACACAACCAUCAGGAUUUGGAGAAGGGAGGAAGGGAGUUAUUAUCAUGAGUGUCUUGCUGUCUUGGAUGCUCAUAGGGGGCCAGUCAGAUGCCUGGCUGCUUGUUUGGAGGUUGACAAAUUAAUGGUGAUAGGAUUUUUGGUUUAUAGUGCUGGCUUGGACCAAACUUUCAAGUUGUGGAGAGUGAAGGUUUUGCCUGAUGAAAAGAAUGUAUGCAUGGAAGGUACAGGUAGAAGUGAUAAGAUGAGGAUUACAGAGUAUGAGAUGAGUCCUGUUCUGUCUCCUUCAUGGGUUGAAAAAAAGAGGCAAGGUAAUCCAACAUGAUGGAGUAUUACCUGUUUCCCCUGAAGACAAGAGAAGGGCUUGAAAUGCACUGGAACAGUAUACUCUAGACUCCACCCUUCUAGUAGAAACAAAUAUGUAUCCUUUUAUCUAUUUUUUUUUCUUUGGUUGAUAUCAUAAGCAUUAUUGGUAAGAUAAUCAUUCUCAUCUCAAAAGAAAUCUAUAGCAUUUCAUUGCCUUACUCAUAUAUGCUCUCGCAUUUCGCCAGGGUUUUCAGGAUAUGGAAUUUUUUGCCACUUUGACCCAUGUUAACCAUGAUCAUAAUAGCAAAUGUUUCAUGUUUCAUGUAAAGUAGGAAAGGCAACGAGGUAUGGGAUACUUCAAUAGUAGCUAGCUUUAAGAGUCUGGCACUCCUUUCGUCUCAAAAUUACAGCCAUUUUUUCGCGAAUUCAAGUUCUUAUAGAUGCAAGUAAUGAUUAUAGUGCAGAUGAGUAGUUGUAAGAAAAUUUACAAUUUAACCUUGUAAUCAAAU